AUGGAUCCAUUGCACGCGGCCGUGGUUGCAGAGGCAGCCGCAAGAGCCAUUAAAAACUACCAGGAGGCGGACGAUGUCUGGUCGGGCAAUACAGGGGCGCCGGACAGCCACAACGUGCCGGAGGCAACGCGGAACCCCAAACACGAGUCGGAGGACAAGUUUGUGCUUGAUCCCGCGUUGCAGCUCGAGUUCGAGAAGUACAGCAAGGCCCACGAGGCCGACCACCAGCACGAGCUGCCCAAGAACUCGCCGUUUGUGACCACCACUUGCACGCGGUGCAAGAAGGACUUUGUGCAGCGGCCUGAGAAACAGUUCCGUUUGUGUUUGCACUGUCGCGAGCUGCAGAGACAGCGGUCGCGCCGGUGGCAGAUGCGCACAAAGGAGAAACAGGGUGUUUGCAGACGGUGUGGUAUCGAGAUUCCUCCGGAACAGGCCCAGUUCGUGCUGUGCGAACACUGUCGGAUGUCGCUGCGGUCCAGGAAGGCCAGCAGGGCGGCGCUCGGCAAGUGCGUGCACUGUUCCGGACCCAACGACUCUGUCGAGGGCAAAUUCAAGGUGUGUUCGCGGUGUCGUCAAAACGACAAAAUUCGCCGGUCCAAUCUUGAAAAGAUCGGCGCGUGCAACAGAUGCGCACAGCCCCUCAACGACUCUGACAGAGACCACAAGGUGUGUGAGAGAUGCCGCACAAAGAAGAAGCGUGGAGCCGUUUCGCCGGCCGCAGUGGCACAGAGACCUUCGCACGGUGCCAGAGACAAACAUAACGGCCACCACACGUCGCCAGAGGCCGUGGCCACCGCCGUUCUCAAGGGACAGCACACACGGCACGACCAGGACAUCCUACUCCAAGGAAACUUCCACGGAAUGCCGCAGAUCCACCACUCCCAGCUCAACCAGCAGCUGAACCAACAUUUGCACCAGCAACUGACCCAGCUGCAACACGAUCACUCGUCCUCAAACACAGACGAGGAAGUGGACACGGUUUCUGCGCACGACGAGGCGGUUGGUGGUUCGUUGACCAUCCCGGACCCUGACAAACUGUGCCUGAAAUGCGGAAACCACAUUCACAUCGACGACCUGAGCUUCAACCCGGCCACAAACAUUUGCUCGAAGUGCCUGGAUCAGGAGGACGACCCAGAAACCACAGCCAACCUGUUUAUGAACCCAGAAGGUGACGACGAGAUCGACAAGGAGACAUGA